CUACACUGAGUUCAGAUAACAGAAAGUGUUCACCAACAACUCAUAGGAGAAGAGAAUAAUAGAAAAUACGUUGUUCACAAAAAAAUGGGGUGUGCAGAGGGUCUGGUGAAACUCAUCGUUUUUGCCGUAAAUUUGGUGUUUGCGUUGGCUGGACUUGCCCUGAUAAUAAUCGGAGUUAUUUACAAGCUAAACUUGAAUGACUUCACGAGUGCCAUACCAGAGGAAUACCAUAACAUUGGCCUAGCUUCGAUAUUUACUAUUGCCAUCGGCUCUGUGAUUUUCAUUAUUGCAUUCUUUGGAUGCUGUGGAGCCAUUAGGGAGAGCCCCAGCUUGCUGCUGACGUAUUCCGUAAUAUUGCUGAUCAUCUUCCUCGCACAAAUAGCGAUCGGAGUUUUCGCCUUUUUACAAAUUAAUGACAAAGGAGACUUUGAAGAUGAAAUCCGGCGUACCCUUACAACGAUAUUUAACAACUACGACAGCGACAAAACCAAUGCCUCUAGGACAACAGUGGAUUUCAUGCAGCAUGAGUUAGAGUGCUGUGGUUUGGAUGGUCCUGCAUACUGGUUGUUGAACAGGCCACUUAGUUGUUACGACGCGAGCAGCAACAAGGUGUUUGAGGAUGGUUGUAUCAAACAGUUCUUCAACUUCUUGAACAGAUCCAUACGAGUUAUUGGCAUAACUGUUUUAACACUAUCUACAAUAGAGGUAGUUGGGGCUAUAUUCUCCUUAUGCUUAGCCAACAGCAUCAAGAAUAGAGAAAGAAGAUUUAGGUACUAAAUAUUUAAGAAAGUAUUCAAAUUGUUGGGAAGUUUGAAACUAUUAUUUUUGAGAAAAGCUUAACAAAUGUAUUUAAUAUUUUUUGUAUACCGCAGUAUUGUAUUUUAUAUUAGAAGAGAAUAUGAGAGUUAGUUUUAGAGACCUGUAGGUCGAUCUUUAAGAAUGUUUUACUUCUAAUAAAGUUAAUAAUAAAGAUAAAGUCUUAGA